AUGGAGGUUACACCUCCAGCAGCCGACGCAGCGGUAAACGACCCUGACUGGAGGGCGCCCCUCCUGGCCUACCUCCUUGAUGAGGUCCUCCCAGCCAAUAUAAUUGAGGCGCGAAGGAUUGCUCGACGCACCAAGAUGUAUGUUGCCACCGACGGUGAGCUUUACCAGUGCAGCCCAUCGACAGUGGGAAUGCUGAUGAAAUGCAUCCCGACCCAUCAGGGCAAGGAACUCCUUGAGAUCCAUGCUGACAUCUGUGGACACCACGCAGCCCCACGAUUGCUAGUCGGCAAGGCCUUCCACCAAGGUUUGUACUGGCCAACAACACUACGUGACACGGAGGAGGUUGUUUGUACAUGCGAGUGGUGUCAUUUGUACGCUUGGCAGACCCUCCUACCAGCAUUGGUGCUUCAGACCAUCCCCGUCACAUGGUCAUUCGUGGUCUGGGGUUUUGACAUGGUCGGGACUCUCAGGAAGGCCCCUGACGGUUUCACUCACCUGCUUGUCGCGGUGGACAAGUUCACAAAGUGGAUUGAGGCGAAACCAUCACCAAAACCAAUUCCCAAGAGCCCAUCAAGUUCUUCCUGA